AGACAGCAGUGGGCUCCAGUGUUGGGAAAAGGUGGAGACUUGCGUCCAUCUGUGCUGCACACGCGGGACUCGGACGUCCCCGACGCGCUGGAUUCUCCCUGACAGGAAGCCAGGACUGGCGCUCCAGAGCUCUGGAGGAGGACGGCACACGGGACGCCUAACCCGGCCUGGGUUGCUCGCCCUCCCCCGGCUCUGGAGCUCGGAGGGGGGUGUGGCCGGGUGUGGAGCCCAGCUCAGCUGCUCCAGACAUGGGCUGCUCCGCCAGUGUGGUGCUGCUACAGGCUCUGCGCUCGCUGGCCAGGGGCCGACGUGUGCGCACGCGCCCGCGCCACCUCGACACAGUCCCGACGCAGGACGUGGAGCAGGACGCCCAGCCGUGCCCUGCUGCCACGGUUGUAGUCGUCGUCACGGUAACCGGACCAUCUCAUCCUCUCGCUUGUGUGGCUGCAGUAAUGUUUGCGCAGGAGAAGCCAAAGCUGAUUGACCCUCUGGACUACGAGGCUGUGAUCUCUGAACUGGAGCCUGAGCUGAAGGAUGAUCCUCUCAAAGACCUGCUGCUCUUCCCAGAACAUGAUUUCACUGUGUCUACUCUUCCUCAGGAGAGAAGAACGUUGCAGUCCACCGUGCCUGGGGGAGCCGAGGAACAGGCAGAAUGUCUGCUGGUCAGAGAGGCCUGCCGGUACUACAACUCCCAGCUGCAUGUGGUCGAAUACAAGCAUCAGGAGUAUGCAGGGGACUACGGUAUGCUUUCCAGAAAGUUAUAUAAGGCUCAGAAGUUUCCCUCUCACUCCUUUGAGAUCGACCAUGAAGACGUGGAUAAGGACGAGGACACAACAUCGCUGUCAUCAUCCAGAGGAGGGGGCGGGGUAGGGGGGAUGGGCGUGUUCAGGGCUGGCUGGCUAUACAAAGGGAACUUCAACAGCACCGUGAACAACAGCAUCACUGUUAGGUCAUUCAAGAGGAGAUAUUUCCAGCUGACACAACUAACUGACAACUCUUACAUCAUGAACUUUUACAAAGAUGAGAAGAUCUCAAAAGAGCCCAAGGGAUGCAUAUUCCUGGACUCAUGCACAGGGGUCAUUCAGAAUAAUCGUCUGAGGAAGUAUGCUUUUGAGCUGAAGAUGAACGAGGUGACAUACUUUGUCCUGGCGGCCGAGAGUGAGCAGGACAUGGAAGAAUGGAUCAGCACGCUGACCCGAAUACUGCAGAUAAGCCCAUCUGAUGGCCCGGUCAUGGACCGCAAAAGCAUGGACCUGACUGACACCAAGCCCGAUGUCUUUGAUCUCUCCUUAAAUGACGUCUGUCUCCCUGAAAAUGAGGAAACCACGGAAAAUGGAAUCAAUCCUGAAUUAGCUAAGUAUAUCAGUGAAACAGAGGAGACGGUUAAAGCAGACAGGAGGGAGGAAAGGCUGAACCUGUUCUCUCUGGACCCCGACACACCAGUCCUCAGGAGCCCACGGGAUGGUGGUGACGUGCGAAACAUCCGCCCCUUUGAGGAGAGUCUGGGCAGAAGGCUGAUGAUCUACUGUCAGUCCUUGAACCUCACACUGCAGGGCUGUGUGAAUGAGUCCGAGACAGAGCCCGUCACUAAUAUUGAGCCUUUCUUCAUAACCGUGGCGCUGCUGGACAUAAGAGAGUGCCGGAAGGUGUCGGCCGACUUUCACGUGGACCUCAACCAUGAGGCAGUGCGGAGGAUGCUGAGCGGCGUGGGGUCAGGUCAGGGGUCACCCGCAGGUCAGACAGGUCCGCAAGCGAACGGCCUGAAGGCCCCAACGGAGAAGGGCGGUGGAGACCAUCCCCUCAGCCAAGACCUGGAGAACUGGCUGGCCUUCCCCAAACAGGCUAUCUUCUCCAUCACAAACCCUCACACAGAUAUUAUCAUGUUGGCACGCAUUGAGAAGGUUCUGAUGGGGAACAUCACCAGCGGGACGGAGCCCUACGUUAAGAACACAGAUAACUGCAAGACUGUUCAGAAGAUCCUGAAAUCCAACAAGCAGUUUUGCAGCAAACUGGGAAAGUACCGCAUGCCUUUCGCUUGGUCGGUGAGGUCUGUGUUCAAAGACAACCAGGGCAUGGUGGACAGUGAGUCUCGGUUCUCUCCUCUCUUUAAGCAGGAGAGCAACAAGAUAUCCACCGAGGACCUCGUCAAACUCAUCUCUGAGUACAGGAGGGCGGAGAAGACCAGCAAACUCCAGACCAUACCAGGCAGCCUGGAGAUCCGCGUGGACUGUGUACCUAUGGAACACCCCAACUGCGUGACAUCGUCGUACGUUCCACUGAAACCCUUCGAGGACUGCAGCUUGUACGCAGCCACGGUGGAGGUGGAUGAGUUCCUGCAUGAUUCAGCCAAGUUUGCACAACCUUACAGAGUUUACAAGAACCACAUCUACGUCUACCCCAGACACCUCAAAUACGACAGCCAGAAAAGCUUUGCCAAGGCCAGGAACAUUGCAGUCUACGUAGAGUUCCGGAACUCCGAUGACGACUGUGCCAAACCGCUUAAGUGUAUCUACGGAAAGCCAGGGGGUCCAGUUUUCACCUCAGCGGCCUGUUCCACUGUCCUGCACCAUUCACAGAACCCAGACUUUUAUGAUGAAGUGAAGAUUGAACUACCCAUCCAGCUACAGGAGAAACACCAUCUGCUCUUCUCCUUUUAUCAUGUGACCUGUGACAUCAAUGCCAAGACCAGCUCUAAGAAGAAAGAGGCUCUGGAAACUUCAGUGGGCUUUGCAUGGUUGCCUCUUUUGAAGGACGGACGCUUGGCCUCUGGCGAGUUCAAUGUACCAGUGUCGUGCAACCUACCCAGUGGGUACCUGCUAAUUAAAGAGCCGUCAUCCAGCAAGAGCGGGUCGGAGGUAAAGUGGGUGGAUGGCGGAAAGGCCAUCUUCAAGGUGUCUACUACUGUACUUUCCACGGUGUACACUCAGGACCCCCAUCUGAACCGGUUCUUCCAACAGUGCCAAAAACGCGAGGCAGACCUCUCGCUCCCACCUACCUCAAACUUCCUCAGCUGCCUGAAGGGCCUCCUUAGCAUGGAGAGGAACCAUGUGAUCAUUCGCUUCCUGCCAGUCCUCUUCAACCAGCUGUUCAAAGUCCUCACGCAGAAUGACACGGAUGACGUCACCACUGCCACCACCAGGGUCCUGGUGCAUAUCCUCGCCAAGUGCCAUGAAGUAAACCUCGACCAUUAUUUGCACUCCUAUAUAAAGUUUGUGUUUAAGACAGAAGCCUACGGGUUCCGAACGGUGCAUGAGGAGCUGGCCAAGGGCAUGAACUCUGAGCUGAAGAGCAACGACCUGACGGCUGUGAAGAGCCUGCUGAAGUUCUCUUGGUUCUUCUUGGAGAUCAUACUGAAGUCCAUGGUGCAGUACCUGGCUGACUCUGAGAAGCUGAAGGUUCCUCGGCCGCAGCGUUUCCCUGGAACCUUCCAGAACCACUUGGAGACUCUGAUCAUGACGGUGUCGGAUCACAUCUACUGGAAGAGCCGAGAGCAGCGCGAGGAGACGCGCAGAGCCAACCAGGCCAUCGCUGCCUUCGUCAAGCGCUGCUUCACUGUGAUGGACCGAGGUUUCACCUUCAAACUCAUCAGUAGUUACAUCAACAUGAUUGCUGCCAGCGAUAACAAGGUGCUGUGUGAGUUCAAGUUCGACUUCAUGCGGGAGGUGUGCAGUCACGAGCACUACAUCCCUCUGAGUCUGCCCAUCUCCUCUGCACGAAUCACAGAUAAGGGCUCACCGGAAACGCAGAGUGCCCAGGUGGACAUGCCGGAGUACAGCCUGACAGGCGAGUUUUGCAGGAAGCAUUUUCUGCCGGGGUUGCUGCUGCGGGAACUGGGCUUAGCGCUGCAAGACGAGCAGGACGUCAGACACAUGGCCCUGGCCAGCCUGAAGGCCCUGAUGGCCAAGCACUCUCUGGACUCCCGCUACGCCGCCAAGGAGAAGCAGGCACGGAUAGCCUCUCUGUAUCUUCCUCUGUAUGGUCUCAUCCUGGACAAUAUGCCGCGUUUUUUCCUUAGAGACCUUUUCCCCAUCUGCCUGACCUCCAGUGAUCAGGGUUCCAGAGAUGACAUCAGUAUAGGAGGAGGACUGGCAAGUCAGACUGCCCACCUCAAUCGUCAUGGCAACACUGUGGAUGCUUCUUUCUCCAAGGAAGUGCUAAAUUCUAUUACCGCGAACAACACGGACUCUCGAGGCUCUCUGAUCAGCAUCGAGUCCAACCCCAGCAACAGUGAGAAGACGGACACAUGUGAGAAGUUUGCCAGGCCGCAGUCUCUGAUUGGCUUUGGGUCGCGCUUCGAUAAGCUGGACCAAGCAGAGACGCGGAGCCUCCUCAUGUGUUUCCUGUACAUUAUGAAGACUAUAUCAGAGGAGGUCAUGGUUGCAUACUGGCACAGAGCUAUUCACCAGGAGAUAUCGGACUUCUUCAACAUACUAGAACUGUGUCUCCAGCACUUCAGGUUUCUUGGAAAGAAACACAUUGCCAGGAAGUUAGCGGCCGCCGUUAAGCUGGCUCAGGCCACGCAGAGCACUGGCACUCUGAAGGGGUCGAACGCUUCCUCCCAGACCUCAGGGCUCCUGCCCCAAUGGAUGCAUUCAGGGCAGGAUGGGCACCGACACGGCCGCUCUCAGACCAUGCCCAUCAUUCGAGGCAAGAAUGCCCUCACCAACCCUAAACUACUGCAGAUGAUGGAAUCAGAUGGAAAUACCACUGAGAGCGACACCAUCAGUCCCACAGACAUGGAGGCCAACCUCUCCACAGAGGUGGCCCUCAUUGUGCUCGAUAUCCUCGGUCUGUUUGUUCACCACCACAAGAAGCAGCUCCAGCAGGAUGAAGGCCAGAACUCUCUGAUGAAGAAAGUGUUUGACACCUACCUGCUCUUCUUCCAGAUCAACCAGUCCACCACCACUCUUAGACAUGUCUUCGCUGCACUGCGCCUCUUCAUACAGAAGUUCCCCUGCGUGUUUUUCCAGGGGAAGGCAGACCUGUGUGGGUGUCUGUGCUAUGAAAUCCUCAAGUGCUAUAACCAUCGUUCCAGCAGCACACAGACUCAAGCUUCUGCUCUCCUCUACGUCCUCAUGAGGAAGAAUUUUGAGUUCACCAAGGGGAAGUCCAUCGUCCGCUCCCACCUGCAGGUCAUAAAAGCCGUGAGUCAGCUGAUUGCAGACGCGGGUAUCGGAGGAUCACGCUUCCAGCAAUCCCUGGCCAUCAUCAACAACUUCGCCAACGGAGAUGCACCUCUCAAAAACACAUCGUUCCCGGCGGAGGUGAAGGACCUGACCAAGCGUAUCCGGACCGUUCUCAUGGCCACCUCGCAGAUGAAGGAGCACGAGAAGGACCCCGAGAUGCUGGUGGACCUGCAAUACAGCCUGGCCAACUCGUACGCCAGCACCCCCGAGCUGCGCCGCACCUGGCUGGAGAGCAUGGCCAAGAUCCACAUCCGCAACGGGGACCUGUCCGAGGCUGCUAUGUGCUACAUCCACAUCUCUGCCCUGAUAGCGGAGUCUCUGAAGAGGAGAGGUUACUGGAAGCCUGAGAAGGUGCGGAUCUCGAGCGCGGCCGCGGAGGAAGCCACUGUCAUUAACUAUUGUCCUUUACUAACCCCCCAAGAAGGAGAAAUGUCCUUCAGCGUGGGCUGGGCCGCCUUUGUGGACAUCUCCCCCAAUGUGCAGGAGGAGGGAGCCCAGAAAGAGGACACGGGGACCCAGGACACGCCGUACACUGAGGACACACUGGUGGAACAGCUGGAGCUGUGCGUGGAUUACCUGUGGAAGUCGGAAAGACACGAGCUCAUAGCUGACAUCAACAAGCCUGUCAUCGCCGUAUUUGAGAAGAGGCGAGACUUCAAGAGGCUGUCAGAGCUGUACUACGACAUUCACCGCUCUUAUCUGAAAGUGACGGAGGUGGUGAACUCAGAGAAGCGUCUGUUUGGCCGAUACUAUCGGGUAGCUUUCUAUGGACAGGCAGCGGGCUUCUUUGAAGAGGAGGAGAGUAAGGAGUUUAUCUACAAGGAACCGAAGCUCACUGGUCUGUCUGAGAUCUCUCAGCGACUCCUCAAGCUCUACUCAGACAAGUUUGGAGCAGAAAACGUCAAAAUGAUCCAGGACUCCAAUAAGGUGAACCCCAAAGACCUGGAUGCCCGGUUCGCCUACAUCCAGGUCACGUUUGUGGUGCCCUACUUCGACGAGAAGGAACAGCAUGAGAAGAGGACGGACUUUGAGCGGCACCACAACAUAAACCGCUUCGUCUUCGAAACACCUUUCACCCUCUCCGGCAGGAAGCACGGUGAUGUGGAAGAGCAGUGUAAACGACGGACCAUCCUGACCACAAACUCCACGUUCCCGUACCUCAAGAAGCGAAUCCAGGUGGUGAAGCAUGAGAGCACAGAGAUGAACCCCAUCGAAGUGGCCAUCGACGAGAUGAGCCGCAAGGUGUCGGAGCUUAACAAACUGUGCAGCGCUAAUGACGUGGACAUGAUCCGUCUGCAACUGAAACUGCAGGGCAGUGUCAGCGUGAAGGUGAACGCAGGGCCCAUGGCAUAUGCCCGGGCAUUUUUAGAAGAGAAAAAUGCCAAGAAAUACCCAGACAACCAGGUCAAGCUGCUCAAAGAGAUCUUCAGGCAGUUUGCAGCCGCGUGUGGCCAGGCCCUGGACGUGAAUGAGCGACUCAUAAAGGAGGACCAGUUGGAGUACCAGGAGGAGAUGAGGGCCCACUACCGAGACAUGCUUACCGAGCUUUCAGCCAUUAUGAAUGAACAGAUCCCACAUACGAGACAGCCAGGUACAGACCGCCCCAGCACCUUCUAGACUGCCAGUGAGCGUUCUGGAAACUGCUCAACUGUGGACCCAAACUGGUUGCCAAAGCCCCCCACUUCAGUAUUGCUGUCAGUGUGGACUUGAGGAUCUCAAGAGGAAGCUGUGACUUUAUGAACUGGGGGGUGGGAUUAAGCAGAUGGAUUAUUCUAGAGAACUGAAACUGUCGAAGGUCCUGUGGAUAUCAGUCUAGGCAGCUGAGCUGCUCUGUUAUUGGUUUUGAAGGAUAUAGUAUAUCUUCUCCUGUACUUCCAAGCCUAUCGCUAUCUUCACACACACACACACACACACACACACACACACACACACACACACAUACAUACACACAAAUUCGCAUAUGCCUUCUCUCCAAGACCCUGUUCCUCUAGAAAACAGUGACCUUAAUUAGCCUGAGGUGUGUUCAACCAAGCAAAUCCUUUCAUGUCAAACUUGUUAGAGGGCUUUUGCAUUACUGCAACCAGAUGUGGACAUUUUAUUGCCAUGAGUGCUUUAGGAACAUAAAGGGCACUGUGUUUCAGUAUUUUCUAGCAUAUCUCAUGUAGUCUUGUUGAACACACCUCUUGUUCCUGUAUGAAUGUAGACUAGUUCAUCAUAGCAACAUUGUAUCCUAACAUUUGACCUAGCUCUCACAUCUUAGAAAUGAAAAGUUACUGUUUUAUAGCAUUUUUGAUUGUUAUUUCCUGUAAAGUAUUUGCUAUACUGUAAAUAAGAAUAAUUAAUAUUUAAAAUGGUUCAUUUUAUAUAUACAAAAACAAUAUAUGGUUUUUGUUUCGAUAAAUUAAAUGCAAAAACGCAACGAAUCAAACUUUUAUGUAUAACAGUCAGCACAGGCUUAAACAGCUCUGCAGAUGCAAAAAGAAAGAAAAAAAAGAUUUUAACCUUUGCCUGUUCAAACCUCUUUAACAGACAUUUUACAUGUGAAGCUCUUAAGUGUUUGAUCUCUGAGUAAAAUAAGUCUACAGAUGUUUUAGUAACAUUUUA